AUGGCUCAAAAGCAGGAACAGGACCAGCCAGUGGUUCUCAAGGGGCCGAGUGUCUUGCGAUCCAUUCUCGCAGGAUCGCUAGCCGGUGCGGUCGAGAUUGUUGCAAAGACACGAUCGCAGCUCAAUCGACGACUCGCCGACGGCAAGAAGCUCCCAUGGCCUCCGUUCGGCAGCCAGUGGUACGCAGGCUGUACCACGCUCGUGAUCGGAAAUUCUUUGAAGGCUGGCAUCCGCUUCGUUGCAUUUGAUCAGUAUAAGAGCCUUCUUGCCGACGAGAAUGGUAAACUAUCCGGGCCCAGGACCGUGAUUGCAGGCCUCGGUGCAGGUGUUACCGAAUCCCUGUUGGCGGUUACCCCAUUCGAGAGCAUCAAAACUACUCUAAUCGAUGACCGGAAGAGCGCUAAGCCCCGCAUGAAGGGCUUCCUCAGCGCUGUCCCCAUUAUCGCCCAUCGCCGAGUCCUACACCGCGCCUGGGGAAAGCUCGGCACCGCCGGCACCUUUGCCGUCGGAGGCCUUGCCGGCCUGAUCACCGUUUACGUCACUCAGCCCCUGGACACCAUCAAGACUCGAAUGCAAAGCAUCGAGGCCAAGUCGCAAUACGGAAAUUCGUUCAGAUGUGCUGCCCUCAUCCUGAAGCACGAGGGGGUCCUGACCUUCUGGAGCGGUGCGCUACCACGCCUGGCCCGGCUAGUCCUUAGCGGCGGUAUCGUGUUUACCAUGUACGAGAAGACGAUAGACCUGAUGCAGCAGGUCGACCCAGACCAAAAGUACAUCUGA